AUGGUAAAAACGCUCCCUUUUGGCGACAUUCAUGUCGCAUCGCCCGGCUUCGGUGCGAUGGGCUUUAGCUACGGCUUGGGCAAGAACAUGUCCUUAGAGGAAGCUGAGCCAGUUCUGUUGAAGGCGAUCGAACUGGGAUGCACAUUCUGGGACACGGCAGUUAUUUACCAAAACGGAGUCAAUGAGAAGCUUCUGGGUGAUUUUAUUCGGAAGCACAACGUUCGUGACAAGGUUUUUGUCGCGUCGAAAUGUGGUUUCAACGUCUUUGAGGGUGACUGGAAUAAUCAUACCGUCAACGAUUCCGCCUCGCAUAUCAAGGAGUACAUCGAGGGCACUAUUGAACGCCUCGGAUUUGCGCCUGAUUUGUACUACCUGCACCGGAUGGAUCCCAAUACGCCUCUCGAAGACUCGAUUCCGGCUCUUGAUGAGAUUUGCAAGGCAGGAAAGACCAAGUAUAUUGGUCUUUCCAAGUGCUCUGCUGCGACGCUGCGCAAGGCGAAUUCGAUCGCCAAGGUUGAUGCUGUCCAAGCGGAAUACUCGGCAUUUGAGACCUUGCACGUAACUGACGGCUUGAUUAAUACAUGUAAAGGGCUGGGCGUGGCCUUUGUCGCUUAUAGCCCACUGGGACAUGGCUGGCUCGUCGACAACUGCGACUUCAGUAACUCUCCCGAGGACUUUGCGCCGGAUGAUUUUCGCUGA